CAAGGUCUGUGGCUCCAGUGGAUUUGACAGGAGCCAACAGUUCAACACAACACCACUUUCAGGAAAUUAGAAGUUCGGUUUCGGACCUGUAACUUGUAGUAGAAGUUAGACAUAUUCACGUUGAGUUAAAACAUACAACUGUUGAAUAACGACAGUAAUUGAUACAUGUGUAGGUAGACGGUGAUAAUGUUGGACCCUGCGGGAGGAUGAUGAAGAAGAGAUUGUGGCGAGUUAUGUCAGCGUGCCUACUUGUGUUAUUACUGUGUUGGCACCCCACUAAAUAUGUUAGCUGCACAGAGCAACCCCCAGAGGCUCAGACCCAGAGUCUGAAGGAAGAUCCUGGCGACAGGUCCCAUCACAAGGGUGUUGUUCAGUUAGAGGAUGGCUGGGGGUCACAGUAUGUCCAGCACCUAUCUGAAGAGGAGGUGCUGCCAGAGGGAGAGGAGGUGGAGACACAGCAGCGAGGCCUAGCAGAGGAGGAGGGGGCGGGGACUCCAAGCACUGAGGUGGAGAACAAGGAGCAUGUUCAGACGUUGGACCUGGAGGAUUCUGAGAAGGAGCCAGAGACAGCAGAACCAGAGGCCGAGCCAGAGACAGCAGAACCAGAGGCCGAGCCAGAGACAGCAGAACCAGAGGCCGAGCCAGAGACAGCAGAACCAGAGGCCGAGCCAGAGACAGCAGAACCAGAGGCCGAGCCAGAGACAGCAGAACCAGAGACAGCAGAACCAGAGGCCGAGCAGCCACCUCCAGAGCCCGUUGUCACCCAAGAGCUGCAGCCAACACCCACCUCUGACCUAUUCCCUCUAUCCUCUGCCCUCAACCCCGUCACUGAAGACCCCUCCAUGCCCCAUGGCUCGUCCUCUAGUGUACCAGAGGAUACUUUGUCUGAUGUCCCUGUACCGGAAUUCAGCGAUACUGAUCUUGCCACAGACGACUGUGAAGCUGGAGAAACCAACCCCUUUGAUGAAUCCUGGACCUGCCUGAGUAGCGGCUCCAACAUCCAGGACCAGAGUCCCAGUCUUCCUGUUGUCCUGGAGAAACUUAACAACGCUCAAGGAAAAGGCACCAAGACCGACAACACCUCCCACAUGCUGAAAGAACGGGGCUUGAGCUCACACAUCGCCACGGAGAAGGAUCCUAAUGUGGCAACCAAGGAUGCGGAGGACAUCCCCACCUUUGACGAGUGGAAGAAGAAAAUUAUGGAGAAGGAGAACACUCUGGCCACUCACAUCUCCACCAACGGCGGCUCCCACGCUGUAAAGAAGGUGCAGAAGAACUUCAACAACUAUGCCUCAGUGGAGUGUGGCGCCAAGAUCCUGGGAUCUAACCCAGAGGCUAAGAGUACUUCAGCCAUAUUAAUGGAGAGCAUGGAUCAUUACAUGUUAAACCCCUGCAGCAACAAGAUCUGGUUCAUCAUCGAGCUGUGCGAUCCCAUCCAGGUGAAGCAGUUGGACAUUGCUAACUUUGAGCUCUUCUCCUCCACACCCAAAGACUUUCUGGUCUCCAUCAGUGACAGGUACCCGACCAACAAGUGGGUGAAGCUGGGCACUUUUCAUGCUCGGGAGGAGCGCACUGUUCAGAGUUUCCCUCUGGACGAGCACCUGUACGCCAAAUAUGUCAAGAUGUUCACCAAGUACAUAAAGGUGGAGCUGGUCUCUCACCAUGGAUCUGAACACUUCUGCCCCCUUAGUCUCAUAAGGGUUUUUGGAACGAGCAUGGUGGAGGAGUAUGAGGAGAUCGCUGACCCCCUGGACAGACCAGACGACCAGGAUGACGACCUCGAUUAUCCUCCUGGAUACGUUCCUGCAGAGGACAAGGCUUCAAAUUACCUCAUAGGAUCAGCCAAGGACGUCAUUCUGAACAUGGUGAACAACAUUAAAGUCAACGUGCUGGGGGGAGGACCAGGUGAAGGGAACUUCUCAGGCCAGACAGUGAACCUGACUGUCGUUACAUCAUCUGACCCUGACACCACCACCACCCUCAGCCCAGUGCCUGACGCUGUAGAGGUGGAGCAGCCUGAAGUACUAGAGGACACUGAUGUCACUACCACAGAGGAACCCAAACCAGAGCAUGUAACUGAAGAGAAGCAGGUAGUCUCUCCUGUAGAGGAGGAGGAGGAGGUCCAGUCUAUAGUCACCAUGCUGGAAGAGGAUGGGAGGGAGAGAGAGGAGCACCGUUGCCCUGGCCAUCGACAGCAAGAAAGCCUUGACUACUGUGGCCCAUCUUCCUCUUCUUCUUGCUCCUGCUCAGCCUCCCUCCAGGAGUACCUCGUUCACCAGUGUUCCUUUCAGAGGAACUAUACCAGCCAGGAGAGGAAACCAGAGGCUACUCCAGCUCCAGUCACCCCCACCACCCCGUCACAGCAGCUGCCCAUCUCCCCCACGCCCACCCAGACACCCCAGCAUUCACACACUCAGGGGGAACAACCCCAGGAGAGAGAGCCCAGCUCUGCCCAUGGGGAGAGAGAAGCCAGGCCCACUGACACCCCACCACACCUUCCAUGGGUUGAGACUGAGGCAGUGGAAGAGGUAGAGCCCAGUAUGGAGCUGCCCCACCUAGAGCCCAGCCAGACCUCCACCCUGCCCAGACCCAGCUCCACCGACACCUCCAGCUCUGCCGCCAGGCCCACACCUGCCGUGGCGCCUCCACUCCACACCUUAUCCAAAGACCUGCCUGGGCAGAAGCACCCUAUCACUGGGGCAGAGAAAAGCCAAGAGGUGCAGCAGGGGGAGAUCAGGCAGCCUCCCACUGUCGCCACCUCCAGCUCCAGUGGCCCAGUGGAGCAGAGUUGGGGAACCCCUGUAGAGGAGAGGCCCUGUCCUGAAGUCCAGCCUGUAGAACAAGACAACAUCCCGGUCAUCCACCAACCACAUGUGGCUGAUCCACUCCCCCCACCCCUCCUCAUUACCUCCACCCCCACAGAGCAGCAGCAGCCUCUGGGAUCCCCACUUAAACCAGCGGGUGCCGGCAGCGGCAACACUACUCCUGAGGAGCAGAACUCUGUCCCCAUCGUGGUCAUGACGGAGCCCCCCUCACAUGGCCAUGGCCAGGCCGUGGCCACGGAAACCAAGGGGAAGGCGGAGCUUGUGGAGGACAUUGUCUUCACCCCGUCGCCCAAUGGCAACGGGCAGCAGCUGCCUCGCCCCACCUCCUUCCAGCCCCCCUCUCCUUCCCCUUUAGACUUCUAUGCAGAGCUCCACAACGCCACGGAGCAGGGGAACGGGAACCCAAUGCACGGCUCCACCAGCCAGAAGGAGUCUGUGUUCAUGAGGCUCAACAACCGCAUCAAGGCCCUGGAGAUGAACAUGUCGCUGAGCGGACGCUACCUAGAGCAACUCAGCCAGAGGUACCGAAGGCAGAUGGAAGAGAUGCAGAGGGCUUUCAACCAAACCAUCAUCAAACUGCAGAACACAUCCAGGAAGGCAGAGGAGCAGGACCAGAGACAGACAGAGUCCAUCCAUUCGUUGCAGGGCCAACUGGAGGACGUCACACAGCUGGUGCUCAACCUGUCUGCGAGAGUCAGCCAGCUGCAGAGCCAGGUGACAGACAGGCAGAGUUACCUCCUGCUGUGCCUGGUGUUGUGUUUGAUCCUGGGCCUGCUGCUGUGUUUCCAGCACUGUCGCAUGGCUGCCAUGCAGCCUCCCUCCACAGACCCUCCUAUAACCUACAGCUACUGCUCCCCAGAGAGGCGGUUCUCUGAAUAUGAAGACAUGAGCUUGAAGAGACGAGCCUCAUAUCCUCUCCUGCACUCUGAUUCCUUUCAGUUACCUUCCACUGAAGGCAAGUUUACUCAUGACGAUGUCUGUAUGUGUGUGUGGAGGAGUGUGUACUUCCUUCUGAUUCCUCAUUCCAAGGUUUGUGGAAGCCCAUUCAUAGACACUAUCCACCUUAGUGGCUGUCUAUUCAUGAAGAUACCUUCUGGCUGGGGGAGUUUUGUUAAGAGCCCUGGCAAACGGUCUCUUGUGCUUGCAGGUGCAGAGUCACUGCAAACUGUUGAAUCAAUCAAUUUUCCACCAGCUAAUAAAAAGAAACGCAGUAAGAUGAAGACCGUGGAGACCCUGAAGAGCACUGCUUUCUGUUCUCCUUUGCUUGCUAACCGAGCGCCUAUAUAUGACGGCCGUGGCACCAUAGACCCUCUACCCCGCACGGGGCAUCUCCGCCACCCUGCCUUCAGGGACCCCCCCUCUGAGGGCAGCUCCGAGGGCUCCUCCCAGUCAGACGAGCCCUCCUUCUGCGGCCUCGCUGCUGCCACCUGCACGCGCCUCUGUGACGGCCUGCCCCUGCCCAGGAGCAGGGCAGAAAAUCUGUCUUUCAAGCCUGGGCGCGUGGAUCUCCUGCAGGGCCCGCGGAGAGACAGGAGUGAAGCUACACCCACCAUCCUUACCCUGCAGGACCUCAUCGGGGGGGAAAAAGAGCUAGCUGCAGGGAGGCUGGGAGUGAUGGCGCUCUGAGGUCCCGUCUGACACAGACUGCUCCUCCUUCAGACUCUGGAACACUCAUCCUCUGAAAGGAGGGUUGUUGUUAUCUCUGUAUACAUAGGAGGCUUUAGGCUAGUACACAAAUGAGACAAUCCCUCUUCUUCCACCUCCUAACCAGCAUGUUAUGUUCUGUCCAUGUUCUCUGUCAAACCUUUUGUCAGGCUCUUUGUUAUGAGGUUAAUAAUGACAACCUUAAAAGAUAAGUUAACUUUUUUUAACCAAAUCUGUAUUUUGGAUGUAAAUGGCAUGUUCUAGAAUAAAACAUGGAACAAAAGCCAAAAAAUUAACCUAAAUACGUCAUUUUAGAAACGCAACUUCUGAAUUUGUCUUUCCAAACUUUAUCUGCAAUGUUAUAUUUAAUUUUGUGCAGCUCAAGCAGUUUCCCCUAUCCAUCUGCGCUUAUUUUCCGUGUAGCCAGAGCAUGCACACCCAGAAAAGUAUCAUGGGCUACACGGCUAAAGACCUGCAUCACUAGUGAGAGCGUUGCCAUUUCUAAAAGGAUGUAUUUGGGUGAUUUUAGAGCUUUUGUUUUACUUUAUCCCCACCCUGGCACUGCAGAAUGAGCAGGAGGAAGUUUAUCUCUGGUUGGGGUAAGUUUAUCAAAAACAAGUGAAAUCGCAAAAAAAUAAUGUCUGGGCACUUCUAUAACAUCCCAUUUACAUUCAAAAUACAGAUUUGGUCAAAAAAAAAAUUAAGAAGUUAUCCUUUAAAGGUGCACAAUGUAACAAUUAAAACUACAAAUAAUAGCCAAUUUCAAGGAUGGGCUAAAGGAAUACAAUUCCAUGAAAGGAAAAUCUAAGUUAGAAUUUGCUUUUACUAGUGGGUUGCUGGUCUAGCCAUGUUCCUUUCAUAGACACAGCAGGUUUUUCCUGGUUCAAGAAUGGUUCUCAUUUUCUGAAGUUGAAAACAAUUUAUUAUAUUAGGGAUAAAUGGGCCCUAUCAAAGCUAUUUGACCACAGUAAAAGUCCAGCAACACCUGCUAUGACCUAGCUUUUUGUUAGAACUUGUUUUGUAAUUUAUGGACGAGUGAGUAGAUUGUACCAUGGUUGGACACCUGCAAUUUCAUGCAAAUGUCACUUAAAUAUAAAUCGUUAAUAUAUUUAUCAUAUCAUGAAUAAAGGCAGGUUGAGACUUUUCUACUAUUA